UCUAGAAUACAGGAGUAGAAGGAUAUAUAUAUUUUUUUCAAAUAAGUUAUCGUUUUUUUUAAUUAAUGACUAAAACUAGAAAAAUAACAGUAUUUACAGCAUGUGAUGUUUUUUUUAAGGCUAAAGCUGUAUUCACUAUCAAAGAUGCUGUUACGAACAUUAUGCAAAGUGUUCAUGAAGUUAUUGACAUCUCAAAAAAUAUUGAUUUUAAAAAACAAUGUUUAGAAGUGUUUAGUGUCAAUGAAUUUGAAGAUCUGAAGGUUGAUUCUUCAAGAAAACUAACAAAUCUAUUGAAAAAACGACAUGGUUUACAUAAAAAAGUGGAUAAAGAUUGUCUUUCUUCAAAUAUUAGUGGAAGUAGUUGUAGCCAAAGUAGUGAGAGUAGUUUUUUCAGAAGUAAUUCUAAUUUAGUUGAGAAAAGCGAAAUAACCAAUCGUUGUUUAGUUAAAAAGUGCAUAACUAGUCGUUAUUCUCCAAUUCGUAAGCGUCAUCGCUCAGAGCCUCUUACUAGUUUUCCAAAAAAUCAGAUAUAUCCUGAUGUAGUUUCUAUAGAUACAGAAAGUUUUCAAGAUCUUGAAAACAUGAAAUUCUCAAAUGCUAGUAAUGAAAAUGUUCUGGAUACAUCUAUUAUUUCAGAUUUUAUUGAAAACGCAGAUUUAUUUUCAAAAGAAAUAUCUAAUGUUAAGGUUCAUGAAAAAAUAAAUACCAAAGAAACUGUUACUCAGCCUGAUUAUGCAACAAUUAAUGAUACAUCUCAAACACCCUCUGUACAACAUUUUACAUCAAAUGAGGGCUCUCCUAUAUCAACUAGUAUUUAUGGACAAGAUAGCUUCAGCUUACUUAAUGAAGUCGUAACUCCAGGCUCCUUUAGUAGUUUAGAUGAUAACUUUGAAGCUCUAGACAAUCUUUUUUUUUUUAAUCAAUGUCCAAAAGAUUAUUCAGUUAACUUAUAAGCUCAUUGAAGAAAAACACAUCCGAUUAAUAAAGCGAAGUAAAACAACUGAUUAGAUGAGGAAAAACACAAUUGAUUAAUAAAAUGAAGUAAAACAACUGAUUAGGCAAAGAAAAACAUAACUGAUAAA